AUGGAUUUCCGCGACUUGCUACUUAUCAUAUUAGCAAUUUUCACAUGGAUAGGUGGUGUAGCUCAUGCUGCAUUUGUUGUUGUUUCAAAUCCACAUAUAAAGCCUGAAAUUAUUGUUGUUUCUCCAACAAAUCAUGGAAGUAAUAGUGAUCCUUAUUACAAGACUGAAAGUUAUAGUAGUGGAUAUCCUAACCCAGGUUCUAAUCCUCCACAAAAUCCUCCUGGUUAUAAUGCUCAAUUAGAUCACCCUAAACAUGAAAAUGGGUUUUAUGAUGCCAUUGAAGCAAAAGAGGAGAACCAAGAGUCUUUCAAGUUUUAUUUAGAUCCCUUAGAUGAAAAUAACAUUAAGCUAGAACGUAAUAUCAUAACAAAAAUAAUAUACAAUAAUUUAAAUUAA